ACUCCGAGGGUUCAAGGUCUUAGCCGAAAGUGGUUCUUGUUGUGGUGGGAAGUCAACAGAUCGUUCCACAGGGAGGGUAUAUUUCUCAGGCACCUCCCCAAUAAGAGAGGAGGAUUCGAAGAGGAGAUUCAGCAGCAUCAAGACCUCCGAAAGCAGCGGGUGACCACUGACUGUGAAGAGGUUUCUCUAGAAAUCCUGUGUUAAAAAAGAAGCUCCUCAAUAUGUGGCUGACCAUCUUUCUCUCGUGUGUUCUGCUGGCUUCUGUGUAUUGCGCUGAACCUCGUUUCAGCCGCCCUAAUAGCAUCGAAAUGUACAAUGCAGGCGUUCAUCAAGAAAGAGGUAAAAUCGUUUGCUACUAUAGUGCCUGGGCUUACACGAGACCCGAACCUUGGAACUAUGACAUCGAACACAUUCCAGGAGACUUGUGUACGGACAUCAUCUAUUCUUUUGUGGGCCUCAACAAUCAAACCUGGGAGCUCUUCGCCAUUGACCCUGAAUAUGAUUUAGAAAGAGGUGGUUACAAGAAAUUCACUGCUCUUCGAGUCAAGCAUCCUCACCUGAAACUACUUCUGGCUGUCGGAGGAUGGGCAGAAGGUGGCAGGAAAUACUCGGACAUGGUGGGUGAGAAAUCCAGAAGGGAUAUCUUCGUGAGGAGUGCGGUCAAGUGGGUCACUGACUUCGGAUUCGAUGGCUUCGAUCUUGAUUGGGAAUAUCCUGGAGCAUCGGACAGAGGAGGAAAGUACUCGGACAAAGAGAAUUUCUUGAAGUUAGUGGAGGAAUUAAAAGCAGCUUUCGAACCUCAUAAACUACUUCUGACCUGUGCAGUGCCAGUAGCGAAAUUCAGACUUCAAGAAGGCUAUGAAGUUCCAAGAUUAGCCGAAUUGUUUGAUUGGAUAAACGUGAUGACCUAUGAUUUAAGAGGUAAUUGGGCAGGCUUCGCGGAUGUGCACAGUCCUUUGUACAAAAGACCAUUCGACCAAUGGGCAUAUGAGAAACUGAAUGUGCAUGAUGGGCUACAUUUGUGGGUGAGUAUGGGAGCCCCUAAACACAAACUGGUAGUUGGCGUACCUUUCUAUGGCAGAACUUACACCCUGGGAAGCAAGGAUAAUACUGAUCUCAGAGCUGGAAUCAAGAAGUGGGUUGGUGGUGGUCUCCCAGGACCUUACACGAAUGCCAGUGGAUUUCUUGCGUACUAUGAGAUCUGUCCUCAUGUAAACAGUGGAGCUUGGACUAAAAAAUAUGACGACAUCGGGAAAUGCCCUUACGCUUAUUACGAUGACCAAUGGAUUGGUUACGAGGAUGAAGACAGCAUUGGCAUUAAAAUGGAUUACAUUCGAGAACAAGGUUUUGGAGGAGCCAUGAUCUGGGCAAUCGAUAUGGAUGAUUUCAAUGGCGUCUGCGGCCGCAAGAACGCUUUACUGGAGGUAAUGAAUGAAAAACUGAGAGGUUAUACUCCACCACCUCCAGAUCCAAGAAGAAUUGCUGAAGUCUCCACAAUGUCAACAAGCCAGUGGUGGCCACCUAGGUCAACUCAAAGUACCACUCAGCAGACCUGGUGGCCUCCUGCAACCACCAAAUCUAGCAGUUCUUGGUGGUCACCAAGUAGUUCCACAACCUGGUGGUCACCGAGUAGCUCCACAACACCACGACCCUCUACUGGAGGAAGCUCUGGAUCAGCGGAUAAGCCAUUAGUUUCCCCAUACGAUCAACCUGGUGCACCAGACUGCAAGACCGGAGGCGAGACUCAACCACAUCAAGAAAAAGAUAAGUAUUACUGGUGCAUCGAUGGAAGGCCAGUCCUGAUGCAGUGCGAAGCAGGAUCCCAUUAUGACCCCGCCAAAGGAAAAUGCUCAUGGAAUCCAUUUUUUAACAGAGCCGAUGGAGCUAGCCAGGGAGGAUAUCACUAUCAAUUCAGAACAUAUCUUGGAAAAUAGACAAAUGACACAGAAAAGCAAUGUUGGGGCUUUUAGAAAGGGUUGCACGCAUGAUUGUUGGUGGUAGGGACUUAAAAAAGAAAAAAAGGACUAAAAUAUCAAAUUGUACGGUUUAGUUUCAUGAUCUUCGAGAAUUCAAUUGUGAAUCCUCGUACCAGCAGUAACACGCUCAGAUUGAUAAUCUGCAAUAAUAGAACCAGAAUUACAAUAACAGAUUCAGAAUAUUUCAUUUUCUCUCAAGCAUAAGCCCGCAAGACAGCGUUUUUCCAUCAAUCGUUAUCGUACCUAAGUUACAGUAAUACUUUAAACACUAUGCGCCAGUUAUCACCUUGAUUCUUGUACUUAUAAUCACCUGCUUCAUUGCAAAGAAUGUCACAUGUUUCGUUGUUUUAGUCCUCACCAAAUAUUCAUCAAGUUAGCUUCCACCAAACUCAUUUACCUGUAUUCAGUGUGCCAAAUGAAACGGUGUAGAUCUGUAUUUACUGUACAAAAUUUUAAUGAUAAAUUUGUCUUUCUUUAAUAGCACAUGUCCAUUGCUCUUUUAUGAAUUAAAUUUUGGCCAGUAAAUACUAGGUCUGUUUUACCACAACUUCUUAAAAUGCUUGUGUAAUUUUAGUGUUUGUAAAAUAAACGCCAUCUUUUUUUGUUAUUGAAA